AUGGAGAGCAAGAUGGCGGAGGAGUCGCCGGCCGCGGCGGCGGCGCGGGCCCGGCCACUGGAGGCGGUCGCGGAGGAAGGGCAGGAGGUGGCGGAGCAGAACCCGGUGGCGCCGGUGUGCUCCACCAAGACCAUGGAGCGCGUGGCGGCCGCGAAGAAGUUCAUCGAGGACCACUACCGCGCGCAGAUGAAGAACCUCCAGGAGCGCAAGGAGAGGCGCUUGAUUUUGGAACAACAGCUAGCUUCUUCACAAGUUCCCAGGGAGGAGCAGAUCAACUUAAUAAAGGAUUUGGAGAGAAAGGAGACUGAAUACAUGAGACUUAAAAGACACAGAAUUUGUGUGGAUGACUUUGAGCUGCUCACUAUCAUUGGAAAAGGUGCUUAUGGACAGGUUCAACUAUGUCGGGAAAAAUCCACUGGUAACAUUUAUGCCAUGAAAAAACUGAAGAAGACUGAUAUGCUUGUGAGGGGUCAGGUGGAGCAUGUUAGAGCUGAAAGAAACUUGCUGGCGGAAGUUGGUAGCCACUGCAUUGUGAAACUAUAUUAUUCUUUCCAAGACACUGAGUACCUCUAUCUUAUCAUGGAGUAUCUUCCUGGAGGUGACAUGAUGACCCUCCUGAUGAGAGAGGAUACUCUGACUGAAAAUGUGGCUCGAUUCUACAUUGCUGAGACUGUUCUUGCCAUUGAAUCCAUUCAUAAACAUAACUACAUUCACAGAGACAUUAAGCCUGACAACCUACUUCUAGACAAGAAUGGUCAUAUGAAAUUGUCAGAUUUUGGAUUGUGCAAGCCAAUUGAUUGUUCAAAGUUGUCAACAUUGAAUGAAGAUGAACCAAUGACUGAUGAAAACCUUAGGGACUCUAUGGACAUUGAUUGUUCUCUCUCUGAAACUGCAAAUGGUAGGAGGUGGAGCAGUCCAAAUGAACAACUUCAGCAUUGGCAGAACAACAGGAGAAAAUUGGCAUUUUCAACAGUUGGGACACCUGAUUAUAUUGCUCCAGAGGUUCUACUAAAGAAGGGAUACGGCCUAGAGUGUGACUGGUGGUCUCUUGGUGCAAUCAUGUAUGAAAUGCUUGUUGGUUAUCCACCGUUUUAUUCAGAUGAUCCACUAGUUACAUGCCAAAAGAUUGUGCAUUGGAGAACCUACUUGAAUUUUCCAGAUAAUCCAAGGUUGUCUCUUGAAGCCAAGGAUCUCAUUUGUCGGUUAUUAUGUGAUGUUGAUCACAGAAUUGGCAGCGGAGGGGCAGAUAAAAUAAAAGCUCAUCCUUGGUUUCAAGGAGUUGAAUGGGACAAGCUGUAUGAGAUGGAGGCAGCAUUUAAGCCCCAAGUAAAUGAUGAACUGGAUACACAGAAUUUCAUGAAGUUCCCAGAUUUAAACCCUGCUCCAGCAAGAGCAAGUUCUGGGGCUUCAAGGAAGAUGAUGCUUACUUCUAAAGAUCUUAGCUUUGUGGGGUAUACAUACAAGAAUUUUGAGGCUGUGAAAGAUCUUCGGAGAAGCUCCUCAUUUACAAGGCACUCUACUGGCUCCCCAUCUGAUACAGCAGACAUGGACUCAUCAAUGGAGCCUAACGGGACAGACGCCCACAUGCGCACUGGUUCAUCUGGCGACCCUAUGGUGCCAUGA